AUGGCCCAGUGUCCUUGCAAGCUCUUGACCCUCGCAGCAGUGGUCCUUGCAUGCGCAGCGUCCGCGAGGUAUGGUGAAGGCUUUCAUCUGCUGGCCGAGGGCGGCGCCGAAGUUCGGAUUUACGCGCCUCAUGCUCAGCAGGUUUCCGUGGCCGCUUCCUGGAACAACUGGACACCGACAGAUCGGCUGUCAGCUCUAGAUAAUGGCUGGUGGGUGCUGAGGCUACCUGCCGACCCCACACGGGACUACCUCCUUCGAAGGGGUGCUGCCUACAAGAUCCACAUUGUCUCCCAAGAUGGCCAGGAACUUUGGCGCCCGGACCCGUGGUCCAGGAAGCAGGACGGCGAGACAUUGGGCAACUCCAUCGCAUACUCUGAUGACAGUUUCCAGUGGUCAGAUGCCAACUGGUCGAUGCCUGACUCGAACACCCUGGUUCUCUACGAGCUUCAUGUGGGCACGUUUUGUGGCCACGAGGGGUGGCCGGGCAGCGCGACGUUAGACAUGUGCAUUCCAAAGCUGGAUCACAUCCUGCAACUCGGUGCGAAUGCCAUCGAACUCAUGCCUGUUGCGGAGUUUGAUGGUGAGGUUGGUUGGGGAUACACAACAGCUUAUCCUUACGCCGUCGAGCACGCGUACGGAGGACCGGAUGCCUUCAAGCGCUUCGUGAACGCCUGCCACAAUGCAGGUAUUGCUGUGAUACUGGACGUUGUCUACAACCAUUUGGGGCCCAUGGAUCUUCCAUUGUGGCGCUUCGAUGGAUGGUUUGAGAAUGAUUUGGGUGGAAUCUACUUCUACAAUGACGAUAGGGCCGAGACGCCAUGGGCUCAUACUCGGCCAAACUAUGGCUUGCAGCAUGUCAGGUCCUAUAUCAUAGACAAUGCGCUUUUCUGGCUGGACACGAUGCACUGUGAUGGCUUGCGGGUGGAUGGGGUCAGCUUCAUCCGCUCAUGGGGAGGCUCUGAAACCAACCGUAGUUCAGCCACCUUCAACCCAGAUGGAGAGCUGACCCUGAAAGAGCUGACCCAGGCGGCUCGCCAGCUGCAGGGGAAGAUGAUAAUUGCCGAGGACUUGCAAGACAAUGCCACCAUGACUGAGGAGGUUUCCGCUGGUGGUCUGGGCUUCGAUAGUCAAUGGGAUGCCCGCUUUCACUGGCUUGUGCAGCAUGUGCUGGCCAAGGCGAACGACAAGGACAGGCGCAUGGACACGCUAAUGGAGGCAGUGCUGGGCAGGUCGCUUAGCGCAUCGUUCCGGCGCGUCAUUUACAUGGAAAGCCAUGAUGAGGCAGGCAGGCAGAGGCUCCCGGGUAUCGUUGCUGGGCGUCUCGAUUCUUGGGUGGCGGCUCGACUUGCCGCCAUGGCAUCUGCAUUGGUCAUGGUCAGCCCAGGUAUCCCCAUGCUUUUUCAGGGACAAGAUUUCUUGGUUAGAGACUCAUUUUCUGCGGAGACGCCUUUAGAUUGGGCGAUGAAGGCAGCGAAUGCUGGCACUUUCAGUCUGCACCAAGACUUGAUAAGCCUGCGCCGGAACUUACUCAAUACAAGCAAAGGCCUCCAAGGGGAAGGCGUAAACGUGACGAUUGACCAGGACAACAAAGUUUUGAUCAUUCACCGUUGGUACAAUGGCGGCCCUGGUGAUGACGUCGUGGCAAUCUUCAACUUCCAGCGCAGUUUCUUGAGUCAUCAGGAGGUGGCAUUCCCAUUCGAGGCUGAAUGGUCACCGGCCUUCAACUCAGCAGACGCACGCUACCACAACAUGUUUACAAUCGUCCAAGAAGCGGAACGGCCAAGAUCCACAGGGAGCACCAGCUUGUACCUCCAUCCAUACAGUUGCAUCAUCUACACGCGGCGGCCACCACUCUUAAUUUAG